AUGGGCGGACACGACGGUAGUAGUGGCGAGGAAUGCCAUGAGCAUCAGGUCGCUCCACCUUUACGCGACAAAUUUGAAACUUUAGCUCUCGGAUUAUUUAAAGCAAUUGACAGUCCAGUGACGUUCUUCAGAGAGAAAGUUGUAUUGCCACUUCAGACCAGAAACAACGAGAAGUUCUACCACCGACGCUUCAGUAGAGUUCCUACUGUUGACAAUUGUGAUUUUGAGGAUCCAGUUUGUGUCUACGAGGCUGAUGAGCAGUACUUUAGAGACAAGUUAGUUGACAGUAACAUUCUCAAAAUACUCAGGCAAAGGAAAGUAGAAUGUGAAUACUGGGAAGGGCCUGAUGCCAGCUAUAAAUGCAGAAAGUUUGUGGAGGACUAUGAGGAUGCGUCAACUAACUGGUUCAUCAAAUACGGUGACAUAAAGACUCGUAAAGGCGCCAUCGAAGCUUACAUGAAACAGAAACACAGACUGAUUUGGGAGAGAAGGAACCCUGACAAGCCAUUGCAUUAA